AUGGUAAAUGUUCAUCAGUGUUCUGUUUUUCCUUUUCUAGGUGGCGGUCAAAAGAAAGGGAAGAGUAAAAAGUGGAAGAAUUAUUUGCAGUUCCCGCACUACACAGAAUGUUUAUAUCUCAGGUCGGAGAUUGAUGUCAGCUAUAGUUAUGUGGUCGAAAAACAACCAAUCGGUAAAUUGCUUUUUGAGCAGUUCUGCAAUACAGAUGAACGGUAUGCAAGGGCGUGGACGUUCUUAUGUAAAGUUGAAGAAUACGAAACAUCUGAUGAUGAUGGCGAAAGUCGCCGGUCAUUGGCCAAAUCAAUAGCUUCGCUUUUAUCAGUAGAGAAUGACGCUCCCUGUACGUCAAGUGAUUCGUUAUGGUGCAGUUUCUUAUCGGAAGAUUUUAUAGAAAAAUUCACCUCCAUUGCCAGUGAUGCGUCGCAUGAAUCUGAACCGUCCAGUGGCAUAUUUUUCGAAGCUUACAAAAGUGUACAGUCAUUCCUUGCUGAUCGUUCGUUUCAAAAAUUUUUGGAAACACAUUAUUUUCACCGCUAUUUGCAGUGGAAAUGGUUGGAAAAAAGGCCUGUGAAUAAGCACACAUUUCGUCUAUACCGGGUACUUGGAAAAGGAGGCUUCGGAGAAGUUUGCGCUUGUCAAGUGAGAGCUUCUGGGAAAAUGUACGCUUUGAAAAAAUUGGAAAAGAAGAGGGUGAAAAAGAGACAUGCGGAGACUCUCAGUCUAAAUGAAAAGCAAAUCCUGCAGAAAAUCAAUUCUCCGUUUGUGGUUAGUCUUGCAUACGCAUAUGAAACAAAGGAUUCUCUAUGCUUAGUUUUAACGCUUAUGAAUGGAGGUGAUUUGAAAUUUCACUUGUACAACUUAAUACCUGGUGGAUUUGAUGAAAGACGUGUGCAGUUUUAUGCUGCUGAAAUUACUCUCGGCUUGCAGCAUUUACACAAGGAGCAUAUCAUUUACAGGGAUCUAAAACCAGAAAAUAUCCUUCUCGAUGAUUAUGGACAUGUUCGAAUAUCUGACCUAGGACUUGCAGUUGAGCUAAGAGAUAAUGAACCUAUAAAAGGACGUGUUGGCACGGUUGGUUAUAUGGCGCCAGAAGUUAUCAAAAAUGAACGCUAUUCAUAUAGUGUCGAUUGGUGGGGAUUGGGUUGUCUAAUAUAUGAAAUGAUCGAAGGAAAGGCACCUUUUCGGCAACGGAAAGAAAAAGUGAAACGUGAAGAAGUGGAACGGCGAGUUCAUGAAGAUCAGGAAAAGUAUUCAGAUAAAUUUAGUGAAUCUGUCAGGACUAUAUGCAGAGGUCUUCUACACAAAGAACCAGGAUUUCGACUUGGAUGUCGCAGAGUUGGUAAACCGGAAGAAGGUGCUGAAGAGUUUCCUUUUUUUCACAGGAGAUAUGAAUACGGGUAG